AUGUCACCAUAUUUUUCGCGCCUCAAGCAAGUUUAUAUGGGAAUAAUUCCAAUUUAUCCAUUAGGAUAUAUUAUGGUACACGGAUUCCGAGGUGAUCAAAUCUGGGCAAAACCAUAUUUGGAUAGAAGUUCAAUGGAACCAAGUGAGCACUUGAAAGAACUCGUUGAAUACGAAAUCGAUAAAAUGGAUCGACUGAGGAAGGCAAAAUUCCAAGUCGUGUUAACUGAUGAAAUGGAGCCGAAAGUAUACGGUGGAUUGUUCCUGAGCAGUGGAGCUGAACUACAGUUUCCAUUGAGAAUGACAUUAGAUGAUGUCGAAACUGCAAGACGAAUUGGAGCCAAUUUAGAAGUUGAUUUGGGCUUGAGCAAACAUCGUCGAAAAGUGGAAGUCAACAGUGAGACUGGUGAUGAGUUGAUUGCUCGCAUGAUGCUUUCUGAUGCUGCCAAGCAAUUCAUUGUACAAAGACAACUUCAGAUUGCGAAUAGUGGUGAAUACUUUUGUGCGCCUAUUCUUGCUUGGAUAGGAUUCUCUACGAUGGGAUAUGGAGUGUUAAAUGCUGUUGCCAUAAUGGCAGGUCCGUAUAUUGCAACUGCAGCAGCACUUGGCUUCACAUUAACCACAUUUUCUCAGUUCUCGCGCUAUUUUGAAGGUUAUAAGACUACAAAAGCUGAUGAAGAUACUAUAAAAAGGGGAGAUGAAUAUUUAAUUGGGGCAAUUGACUAUUUUGAGUCUACAAUGAAGCUGAAUCGAUUAUAUAGAAGGGUUCUUGGCGAAGAAGGCGAGAAACGGAUCGCAAGAAAUGGAGACGACGAGGAGGACACUGUGAAACUAUCUUCACGACUUCGAGAAGUUAGAAAACUCAAGAAACAAAUGAAUCAAGAAGAGAAGUUACUCAAUGAACAAGAAGAAAACAAAGAACAUUAA